UUUUUAUUUUUGUGAAAAUAAUGAUUAAACAAAGCGUCCAUAAAUUGAAAGCAAGUCUGGCAGUGCGAAUUGAUAACUCGUUGUGGGGAUUAUUACCUGUGUGACUCCUCUUCUGUUUUCGGUUUUAGUUUCUGAUGGCGCUAUCUACUUCCUUUGGCCGCCCCAUUUUAUCUCAAAACACCGUCUCUCCUCAAUUUUCUUCAUCUUCACCUUCACCUUCCCCUUCUCUGUGUAUCUUCAAACCCCACCAUUGGAACCUAACGAUGAUGGGCUAUCAGAGCUCGUAUGGACGAGUGGUAAUUAAUUGCUCUUCUUCUGAAAUGGGUUCCACCUCAGACUCCAUGAAUAUCAGGCAGUCUCAAUUAUCUUCUAUAUCUCCUUUUGGUAUGAAAUUGAAUGAAGCUAGCACAUCCAAACCCUCGUAUAAAUGGCAGAGGGUGUUGCUUAAAGUGAGUGGAGAAGCACUUGCAGGAGAUCAAGCACAAAAUAUUGAUCCAAAGGUUACAAUGGCCAUUGCAAGGGAGGUUGCAUCUGUGACUCGGCUUGGGAUUGAGGUUGCAAUUGUCGUCGGUGGGGGAAAUAUCUUUCGUGGAUCGUCUUGGGCUGGAAGUAGCGGUCUUGAUCGUUCUUCUGCUGAUUACAUUGGGAUGUUGGCAACUGUUAUGAAUGCUAUAUUUCUGCAAGCGACAAUGGAGAGCAUUGGCAUCCCAACACGAGUCCAGACUGCAUUUCGCAUGUCUGAAGUUGCUGAACCAUACAUACGUAGAAGGGCUGUUAGGCAUUUAGAGAAAGGUAGGGUUGUGAUUUUUGCAGCUGGAACUGGAAAUCCAUUCUUCACAACAGAUACUGCUGCAGCCCUUCGUUGUGCAGAGAUUAAUGCAGAAGUAGUGCUGAAAGCUACAAACGUGGAUGGGGUAUAUGAUGACGACCCCAGGCAUAACCCAAAUGCUCGCCUUCUCGAUACUUUAACAUAUCAGGAAGUGAUAUCAAGGGAUCUUUCGGUGAUGGACUUGACGGCUAUUACUUUGUGUCAGGAGAACAACAUUCCUGUUGUUGUGUUCAAUCUUUCCAAACACAGCAACAUCUCAAAAGCCAUCAUGGGGGAAAGGGUGGGCACAUUGAUUGGAGCAACCUUGAAUUCAGCUGCAGCAAUGACUUGAUUAGGAGGGUUUAUACGACGAUGAAGGUUGGUUUUUCUUCUUGGUUUGGGUUCGAGGUUGUAGCUGCCAAAACAGUUCAUCAUCGAAACUUUCAAGGUUGGAGUUUUGCCAUGGAAAGCAUAAUGUAGUAUGCAUUUGAAGAUUGAAGAUGAAAAAUGAACACAGCAGUGCUAAAUGUGAGCAUCCAAGUUAGCUGAUUGAGAUGUUUAUUGAUGCUAUGUAAAAUAUCUUGUGGAAUGCAGAAUUUUGUUCAAGUGUCUUUAUCCUUUUUUCUGAACUCAAAUUGCAGUGUCAUGAAAAGGGUAAAUUACAAUACAUGUUUCUGAAAUGGCAGCUUUGAUUUUCAUUA